CCCGACGGGAAUAAUGUCGCGCUCUCGUUUCAGACGGGCGGCUGUCGGGACAGGACCCCGCCAUGGGACGAUGGCCUGCAGUAGAAGCACACUGAGCGCGGAAGAAGAAAGCCAAGCGAUCUCAGAAUGAGUCGGUCUAGAUCUACAGCGGAUGGUGGUGGGGGUGAAGAGGAGGCCUCACUUUCAGACCAGAAUCCUCGCGGCGAAGAUGAGAGGAGGUGGCAGCAAGAGCGUCUCCACAGAGAAGAAGCCUACUACCAGUUUAUUAAUGAACUCAGUGACGAAGAUUACCGGUUAAUGAGAGACCAUAACCUUUUAGGCACCCCUGGAGAAAUAACAUCAGAAGAACUACAACAGCGACUAACCGGAGUCAAGGAGCAGCUCGCGUCUCAUUCUGACUUGAGCAGCGGGGGAAGGGAGGCAAGCUCCAGAGACUCUGAAGUCCACAGAGAAAAUUCAAACGAAGAUUCACUGUUAGAAUGGUUGAAUACCUUUCGUCGGACUGGCAAUGCCACUCGAAGUGGCCACAAUGGGAACCAAACUUGGAGAGCCGUGAGUCGAACAAACCCCAACAGUGGCGAGUUUCGGUUUAGUCUGGAAAUCCACAUCAACCAUGAGGAUGGAGGAUUAGAAGUCCGCGAAGAUGAUGAGGUGGGCGCUCCAGCUGUGGGUGUCAGCGGAGACCAAGCGCCCAGUACGAGGCCCUCAAGAUCAAGCAGCCCCGUGGCACGGCGGACCAGAAGCCAAACCUCAGUGGGAAGCAGUAGUGGUGCUUCCAACACAGCAAGGACUAGGCUUGGUUCCGGGGAGCUGAACUCCGUGGAAGCCUCCCACUCCAUGUCAGGGAGGUUAAGAAGUAGGGCUAGGCGGCCCAUCGGCCUUCCUAGGACUCGUGCUCCCCUUGAUCAUGGUAGCGAUCACACGUACCAGGCGGAGGGUAGUGAACUCAGGCAAAGGGAGGGACAGCGGUUUGGAGCAGCACAUGUUUGGGAGAACGGGGCAAGAACUAACGUUACUGUGAGGAAUACAAACCAAAGAUUAGAGCCAAUCAGGUUACGGUCUUCCUUUAGCAGUCGAAGCCGGUCCCCAAUUCAAAGACAGAGUAGCACCACUCCCAGAAAUUCCCAAAGGCAAAGCCGGCCUUCACAGCAUUCUCUGAGAAGGUCUGUUAGGAGAAGGGGUGCAACUCCCGUCUUCUCAGAGCAAGAUCAAGAACCCCAAAGUGCCCCACAUACCCCCUUCUCUAAUUCAAGACUCGUGUCCAGGAUAACUGUGGAAGAAGGAGAAGCCAGGAGGCCCGCAGCCACAGCACGGCGACACCCCACAAUCACUCUGGACCUUCAAGUCCGAAGGAUCCGGCCUGGCGAGAACCGAGACCGGGACAGUAUUGCCAAUAGAACUCGCUCCAGAGCAGGCCUGGCGGGAAACACGGUCACCCUGGAAAGCAAUAGCGGGGGCUUUCGCCGCACCAUUUCCCGUCUGGAGCGGUCCGGGGUGCGCACUUACGUCAGCACUAUAACAGUGCCUCUCCGCAGGGUGUCCGAGGCAGAGCUGGCGGAGCCGUCGUCCGUGGCGCUCCGGUCCAUUUUAAGGCAAAUCAUGACGGGCUUUGGAGAACUGAGUUCUCUCAUGGAGACCGAAUCCGAGGCAGAGGCCGAGAGAGGAGGCAGGCAGAGUUUCCCAGAGCCAUCCUCAGACUCCAGCAACUCAGGCAUAGCUAGCAGAAGCAGCCAGCGCAGUGAAGGGUCCCCUCUACCCCGAGGAGACAGCCCUGGGAUGCUGGGCGAAAGUGACUCCACCCAGCAUCAGGCUGAAGACCGUGACAGGCGAGGGGACAGGCUGUCGAGACCCGCACACACGUUCGUCGACACCGGAACACUACCUAUUCUUCGCCUGGCUCACUUCUUUCUGCUCAAUGAGGAUGACGACGACGACCACGUGCGGGGCUUAACCAAAGAGCAGAUCGACAAUCUUUCCACCCGGAACUACGAACACAGCAGCACCGACGGCGAGCUCAGUAAGGUCUGCAGCGUGUGCAUCAGCGACUAUGUCGCUGGCAACAAGCUCAGGCGGCUACCGUGCAUGCACGAGUUCCACAUCCACUGCAUCGACCGCUGGCUGUCCGAGAACUGCACAUGUCCCAUUUGUCGGCAGCCGGUCUUAGGGACCGGCAUCGCAAACAGUGGGUGACACGGAUGCAAGAUGGCACGCCAGCAGUGUGGGCUUCUCAAGCAUCCUUUCCUUGACUUGCCUGUGAUGCAUGGACCAGGGUGAAAGUGAACAGAUUAUAUACAGUUUGAACUAUUUUUGUGUGUAUACGUGUGUGCUUUUUUUAAUUAGUUGAAAAGAGAUUUAUAUAAGUUGACCAUGCAGACGUUCAAUGACCUAAACGUACAGCAGAAUUCAUCCUGCUCGAACCAAAUAACCUUGAAAAUGUUUUUAUUUUGGUAAUUUUGUCAAGCUAAGCACUUUUGUAUCUGCAGAAUUCAGUGGGCUGAGAAGCCAACCUUCCUUUUCCUAAUAGGACAGCAGUGUACUUGGACGGUGUCCGGGCACAGAUGUCCAAAUAAGCCUUCCGUUUGUUUUUUUUGUGAAAGAGUGUCCGGCUGGAGGUUUAAUAUGCAGCACACACCAUUCUUGUACAUAUAAGAGGUGAUUUUUAAGUUAAAAGAGUUCAUCUAAAAACUACCAGUUGGGUAUUUAUUUAAGUUUUGGGGCUAUUUCUGCAGAUGGCGCGUUAAACAUUGACAAAGAUCAUCUCUGGGAGGAGGGAGACGAAAAUGUCAUGAAAAACAGACCUUACUGAUUGAAGCGAGUCUGACAAUCUGACCUCUCAGCAAGCAAUAUGCCACGUUGAUCGAGUAUUUCUUUAUUCUGAAAUGAAAAGUGGAAUUUUAGAACACAGAGGUUAUAUAACUUGAGUUCAGCCUAUUUUGGUAACUUUUGAAAGUGCAAACAAUUCCUCGGGUUAAGUAAGGUACAUAAUAUGCAUGGUUUCUCUAAUUUUAAAAUUUAAAGUCUAAAAAGAACCAGAUGCUUAGAUAACAUGUUAAGUUCACAUGGAGGCCAAAAUAAUAAUAAUAAUAAUAAUAAAAACUUUAAGAGAAUGUACACUUUAUAUCAAAAGAAAGUAUGUAUUAGAGAUCUAUUUCUACCAAUAAAUAUUUGAUCUGUUGUUUUGA